AUGUAUGAACCAUUUAACAUGAAAAAGAAUUACACAAUCCAGACUCCGGCGUUCAUGCAAGGAAGGCCUUCAACCACCUCAAUUACUGAGGAUGCAAAAGGAGUUGAUUAUACGCAAUUAACCGAUGCAAUGGCUUUUACGGGGGUAGAUUUGCAGGAGGAAAGCGAGUACCUACAGAAAGAAGCUUUACAAUCUCCUGGAGGUGGUGCUUUUGGGAUGGACACUGAUCGCUCUAAAUUUCAGAAAUUUAUGAACCCGAGGAUCUUACAGGCUCGCGUUAAUUCAAUAGUCCAGAAGCAUAAUUUAAAUGUUCACCCUGAUGUAUAUCAAUGUCUGGCUCUUGCGGCCGAAGAACGAACAAGAGUCUUACUAGAACAAAUGUGGAAAGUCAAAAAUCACCGGACGCGCUCAGAUCACUUGCAUGAACCGCCGCUUUCUGCAAAUGAUAAACCUUUAUAUAAGGAGAUCAUCACUCAGGAUGUGAAAGCACAACUGCUUACGAUUGAAAAUGCUGAACGGGAGGAAGAACGAAAGAGGAAAGAGAUUCUAACAAAAAAGAAUAAACCAGAGAAAUCUGAAGUAGCUGGUGAGCAAGAAAAACAGAAACAAAGAUUAAAAGAGGCUCCAAGAUCCACACAAGCACUCAAGAAACAAAAGAAAAGGGCCACUGCAAAAGAAACCAUAAAAAAAGUCACCUCAGAAGCGCAAAAGUCGAAAAUAAGUACUAAUGAAACAGCGCUGAAAGCUGCUGUUGAUAGCCGAGGUUUAGGACGUGGUCGAGGUCGUAUUGCUUCUAUAAGUCAGUCAGCUAAAACUGUCUCAUCUGCAAUAUCAACAUCUUCACCAUUUGAAAUUUCAACAACAUUAGAAAGUAAUAUAUCAUCAUCGCCACCUCCCUUACACGCUGUUAAUCAAAAUACAAUGAUCACAGUGAUGGAUGCGCUACAAGUAUUAGAAAAUGAUCCUCGAUUUUCUCCUUUUCAAUUGGUUGCGGGCACAUUAGCCUGUCUGUACAUACUGAAGAAUGCUGAUCGAUUAGUUGGACUUGGAUCACCUGAACCACUAGCACGUCUUUACAGCCGUAAUUUUUAUCGCGCUACUUGGAUUUUGACAGCUUUAGAAGCUGGAUUUUGGACUGCGAUGCCAAUUCGACCAAAAUUUUUGAAGGAUAUUAUGUCAUUAGUUUUUUCAGGGUAUUACUUAAUAUUUGCGGACCAAGCCGAAGAAAAGACGCGUCGAAUACGUGCAACAGUUACUGUUGAGCACAUCCGAGCCUCCUGGGAAAGAAUGUUAAACCCGUAUCUCCAUGCUGCAAUAAGUCUCACACACCCACACCUCCGUAUUCAUCAAAGAAAGAUCUAUAUUCAACGACCAAAAGAAAACCCUUACAGUAAGAAACAAAUUACCGCGUACAUAUAUUACUCGGGCACCGAAGAUUCCUUCCAAGUUGCCGAUCGCAUAAUUCUCGAUUUUCCUGGAGGUGGUUUUAUAAGUAUGCCUCCACCAUGUCACAAAGAUUAUUUAUCGUAUUUGGCGGAAUGGACUAAAAUGCCGAUUGUGAGCAUUGAUUAUGGAAAAGCGCCUGAAUAUCCGUAUCCGUAUGCACUUGAGGAAUGCUUUGAUGCUUAUCGAAGUAUCAUGGAAAGUAAUGGUGAAACUAUUGGAAUGCUUGGAUGGUUGAAUAAAGAUGGUAGUCAAAGACAGCAAAUUCAAGUCACUCUGGUUGGUGAUUCUGCCGGUGGCAAUUUAGUGGCAUCAGUUAUGCUCAAAAUUCUCGAGUACCCGAAACCAUUAGCACACCCUUCAGGACUUGUCCUUAUAUAUCCAUGUUUAAAUUUCGAUCUCAAUUGUUGGAUGCCACAAUCACAUUUAUCAGUUAUACGCGCAGAAUCCACCGAAUCAAUUCCUGGUGUACUUGAAUCAAAAGAUCAUUUGCAUCAUAAAAGUCCGUUAUCUGUUGUGCCGGAUGUGAAACCGAAAAGAAGAUGGCGAAAAAAUUUAUCUGCUUUAAAGGAAGAUGAAAAGCCAAUUGAAGAAAGAGUUCAAUUUAUUGAAGGGCACAAAUUAGAAUCUAGCGAGAAAAAAAAACGAAGUCAAAUUAUUGGUACACGACUGGCUAUGACCAGUCGUAUGAGUUUCUUUAAUGAUAGAAUUCUUACACCUGAUUUGAUGCGAGCAAUGGCACUUCUUUAUCUUGGACCAAACAAUUACCCAGAUUUCACGUCAGACUAUUAUCUUUCCCCAAUUGUAGCACCAGAUGAACUACUAGCACAAUUUCCCAAAAUAUAUCUCAUGUGUGGCGAGAAAGAUCCAUUAAUUGACGACACUGUCAUUUUUGCGGGUCGUAUUCGUGAAGCUAAGCGAAGAAAAAGGCAGCUAGCUGACGGAGGCAAAUAUGGAGAAAGCUUCCGAAUGAGUGGCAUGUCUAAUGCGAAUUUUGACGACAUCAUUGAGGUUAAGGUAUUACAGGGUGUUAGUCAUGCUUUUUUGCAGAUGUUGGCAUUGUUGCCAGAAACUAAAGGCGCUGUUCGAGUACUUGCUAGAUGGUUAAAGGCAAGCUUCGAAGAAAAACCUGCUACGCGAAAGAGUUUUAAUAAAAUUAAUAGUAAUCUACAGAAUGAAUCAGAUGUGAACAAUGAAGAUGAUGAAGGAGUAAUAUUUACAUCACGUCGAUCUACAAUUAAUGAUCUUGCAAAGGCAAGCCUGCAGAUACAGCCACAAGCCAAUGGCAAAGCCUUUCCACAUUCCAAUUCAUCUGAUGAUUACGAUCAUAAUAAUAGUAUACCACAAAAAUCACAUCUUCACAUAUCCGCCUCAUUUCCAAAUACAACUCAACUCGAGAAUGGCGAUGGCACCUCUGCUCAUAUUCACACUUCUGCAUCCGGAACCUUAUUAACACCAGUGACUCCGUCUCAUGAACGAGAACGUGUUCUCUGGGAACAAAAAAAUAUUCUCAACGAGGCAGAAAUUUUAAGGCGACGACGCGAAAAUUUGGUUCGCGGAUUACGUGACGGAUGUGAUGAACAAUCUUCUUCUAUGGACGAUUACUCGUCUUCGGAUCCUUCUGCUUUCAGCGAGUCGGGAAAGCCAAGUGUGAAUUCGAGUUAA